UUUUGUGAAAAAAAAAGUCCAAAAGUCAAAGUUUUAUUUUUUUUUUUGGUUGCGUUUUUCUACCGAACGUAUUUAUUUUAUGUAUGUGAGUUAUAUGCAUAUCGAAUAUGUGGCAGCCAGUAAAUAACAAAUACGGCGUGGCAAUACACAAUUGGCAAGGAAAUGUUCAGUAUGGUAUUGCAUUAGAUGUUGGCGAUAGUGUAGAAAUCCUUGAAGAAUGUUCACAAUGGUAUCGCGGUACAAACUUACGUAAGCCACGAUGCAUUGGCAUAUAUCCCAAAUCUUAUGUUUAUCUAAAAGAUCCAGCGAAAAUCGAUCCAGUUGUUGCAGAAUGUACACAAGUUCUGCGCGAAUGGUCCGAAAUAUGGAAAAAAUUAUACGUGAAUCGUGAUUCGUAUAAGUAUUCAUAUCUUCGCAAGGUGAUGUUAUCUCUAUUGGAACUUCGUCGUGAACUUCUGAGUGCAACUUUAACGCAAGAUCAUUUGAUGGAACUUCGUCUUCAAGUUACUUCAAAGAUUGACUGGGGCAACAGAAAACUUUGCCGUGAUUUAGUGCCAAGAAUUGGGCCGUUGGCAGUGAAUCCGCAUGAAAUAAGUAUUUCGUCGUUACAUCAAGUACAUGUGAAUAGCUCCGAAAAUGCCAAAGCAAGUUCUAGUCGUGGAACUUUACGUCGAAAGAGUGGAAGGAAACAAUUAUCUCAUCAUUUGUAUUUUUGUAUGCGAGACUUUGGAUACUUGAUCGGAGAAGAUGCAGAAGUUUAUUUUUAUCUUUAUGAUGGAAGUGCUGGAAAUAAUAGUAUGCGGCAGAUCUCCGAGCGAUUUUCUGUAUUCAUUCCUAAGGACGGAUAUGCUCAUUUUAAUGAAAAAAUACAUUCAAAUUGUUGUGUGUUCACUGAUUUAGGUGCUACCGAGAUAAAUUCUGAUCUUUAUUUGGUUACAAGUGUGAUCAGAGUUGGUAAAAUGUUACAAGAGUCAGUAAAAAAGAAUGAAAAAUCUAAUUCGAGUCAAGUAUUUCGACGUCCUUUUGGCGUUGGCGUCUUACCAUUAUCGCUUCUAAAUAGUUCGAGUAGCGCCGAGAAUCUUAUUGAGUCAGAAGAAAAGGAACACAAUUUUCGAUUGUAUCAGUGCGAGGAGAAGGAUUUUUAUCAACUGCAUGAAAUGCUUAUCAAAAAAACGUCUGGAAAAUACUCUCCGAUAAAUGGAAACGGAAAUAAUUCGUAUGGAAUUGGUGUGUCGGUAAAAAUCCUUCAUGGAGAAUUACUUCAAGCAAGACAAGAGCAGCCGCUUCUUUUUCAAGGAGCAGUAAUAACACGAAAAAUCGGGUUUCCUGAUAUAAUCAUGCCCGGUGAUGUACGCAAUGAUCUAUUUUUGGUAAUAGAUAAAGGAGAAUUUGAACGAGGCGGCAAAAGCACUGCGAAAAAUAUCGAAGUUCUUUUGAGUAUUAUUGAUUCAAAUAACGGAAAACCAAUACCGGAUUGUUUUUGGGCAUCGUCAGGAGUAGAAGCGGCUACAAAUCAAUUUAGAACCGUUAUUUUAUAUCAUAAUAAUUCACCUUCAUGGAAUGAAACAAUUCGAUUGAAUUUACCAAUUGAGAAAUUUUCAACAGCCCAUAUACGAUUUGAGUUUCGACAUUGUUCGACACGAGAAAAAUCAGAACCAAAACUCUUCGCAUUUAGUUUUGCACGUUUAAUGGAACCAAGUGGUGCAGCUAUAGCGGAUGGUUUUCAUGAGCUAUACGUGUACAAAUGUGAAGAUCAAUCAAAACUGACGAAAGUUCCAUAUUUAAAUUUGCGAUGUUCGGCUUUUGACGAUCAAGGUAUUUUAGAUCAAACCGCAACAUUUCACAGAACAUCGAAAGAGUGCAUGUAUCUCAGAUCCAUGCUUAUAUCUACAAAAUUGACACAAAAUGGCGAUAUUUUAUCGAUUUUACAAUGGAAAACUCAUCCAGAACGGAUCAAAGAAGCAUUGACACGAGUUUUGAAAUUGCGUGAUGAAGAGUUAGUGAAAUUCUUACAAGAUGUUUUAGAUGCAUUGUUUGCAAUAUUUUCAGAUGAAGAUGGAAAUAGUACAGAAUAUUCGGGUACUGUGUUUCAAGUCUUGGUCAGCAUAUUUAGUUUACUUCAGAGCUCCAAAUUUGAACAUUUUAAACCGGUUAUGGACGAGUAUAUUGAUAAUCAUUUCGCGGCCGCGUUGGUUUAUAAGGGAUUAAUUACUUCCGUUCAACAUCUAGCUGAUUGCAUGCAAACCGCAGAACAAACUGAACCGAUUCCAAAAUAUUUUGAUUCUCUUGAAUACAUCGUUAAGUUGAUUAUUCAAUCGAGAAAGCUGUUUUCACAGGCGACAGGCGGCCAAUACGAAGAUUCAUUCAAGCGUGAUUUGUAUAAUUUGUUCAAAGCACUUAGUUCAAUGUUAUCGGUGCCAUCAAAUGAAGCUAUAAUUGCUCCUCAAGAAGCACUUUUACGUACAACGGGUGUUGUUCUCGAGCAACUGCACGAUACACUAACACCACCAGACAUAGGAAUUGUGUCUCGUAAUAUAUUUGAUGCAGUUUGUCGUGAUGCACCACCACGUUUAAUUCAAGCCAAAUUAUUGGCAAUCAAAGAUUUAGUCCGUGGUCGUUUAUUUCAAAAGGAAGAAGUAACACGGUCAAUUAUUCUUGCAGUUGCAUGUAAGCAUAUUCGUAUUCAUUUGUCACGUCGAGACGAAUUGAAACUAUGCGCCGAUAUAUUAUCAGAUAUGCUGAAUUUUUUGUUUUCAAUCAGAGGUGCUGAAAAUUCGGAAAAGCCAUCAAAUUAUUUGGCACAUGAUUUGAACUCUUUAUGCCGAAAUAUCUUGGAUAUCUUAAUGCAAACAAUUAUGAUAAUAAUCGAAGCUUCACCACCGGUUUUAUCAUCGUUGGUCGCAGUAUUGCUUGGUCUAUUACAACAAUUGGAUGAAUCUCAUUACACAUAUUUGUUUGAAGAACUUGAAGGGAGUGGUGGAAGUGGUGAACUUAAAGGUUUUUUGCAUAAAUGUUUGCUGGUCCUCAAGGAGCUAUUAAUAAAUGACUGGCAAGUUUUUCCAUCGGAUUGGAUUGUUAUGAAGUUGGUCGCAAAUAAUAUAUUACGUAAAGCUCUGGAAGAGUUUGCUAAACCACUUGUCUAUCGGUAUCUUGAGGACAAUACAUUUGAUGCACAGCUAUGGCGAGCGUAUUUCAGUUUGGCCACAAUUUUCACAACUCAACCAUGUCUACAAUUAGAAAAAUAUCCCGACACGAAACAGAGAAAGAUUUUAAAUGAAUUUGGAGAUAUGCGAGUUAUGAUGGGUUUUCAAAUUUUGAGCAUGUGGGCACAUCUAAGCGAAAACAAAUUACACUUUAUUCCAUCAAUGGUUGGACCUUUUCUCGAAAUCACACUGGUACCCGAACCAUCUUUACGAAAGGCUACUUUAAAUGUAUUUUACGACAUGAUUCAAUGCGAACAAGCUGCCCGCGGCUCGUUUCGAUUAAUUGAGAGUGAAUUAAUCGACAAGUUGGAUUCAUUGAUUAACGAAAAUAAGGGUGAUGAUGAAUACAGAGAACUUUUCAGUACAAUGGAGCUUCUAACAUUAGUUAUUUUGGAGCGACUAGAAGCUGAAAAUCCAACUGAAUGGUGUGAAGCUGGUAAAAUGUUUAUUUCAUCUGUAACCAAAUUAUUGGAGCGCCUACUUGACUACAGAAAUGUGAUGCAAGGUGAUGAAAACCGAGAUAAGAGAAUGUCGUGUACCGUAAACUUAUUAAACUUUUAUAAGAACGAAAUUGAUCGCAAGGAGAUGUAUUUACGGUAUAUAUACAAAUUAUAUGACUUACAUCUGCAAGCGGAAAAUUACACAGAGGCAGGUUUUACAUUAAAAUUAUAUGCGGAUAUGUUGAGUUGGUCUAAGGAGACUCUAACUUUUACUCCAAAUGAUACAAUUGGCCAACAAGAAUGGGAACGGAAAGAGAAUCUUUAUAAAGAGAUUUUGAAAAAUUUCGACAAAGGUAAAAACUGGGAAAAGGGAAUUCCAUUGUUGAAAGAGUUAGCUGAUUUCUAUGAAUACAAGCGCUUUGACUUUGAGGCUUUAAGUAAUAUAUUGAACUUACAAGCAAGAUUCUUCCAAAACAUUUUAACUCAAAUACGCCCGGAGCCAGAAUAUUUUCGUGUUGGUUUUUUCGGUUUGGGAUUCCCAUUGUUUGUACGAAACAAACAAUUCAUCUACCGUGGAUUAGAGUAUGAGAGAAUUGGCGGCUUCACGCAGCGUAUGCAGAUUGAAUUUCCGCAAGCACAAAUUUUAACGAAAAAUACACCGCCAGAGUCCUCAAUAUUUGUCGAUAAAGGCCAAUUUAUUCAAAUAAGUAAUGUUCGACCGAUUCCUGAUCAGCCAUUGUUCAAAAAUACAAUGUUCCCUGUCCCGGAAAAAGUAAAAAAAUUCUACCAAGUAAAUGAUGUUAAACGUUUUCAACACGACAGACCUCUAUAUAAAGGUCAAUCUGAUAAAGAUAAAGACAACGAGUUCAGCCGACUGUGGAUUGAACGUACAAUACUGGAUAUAUCGGAACCUCUUCCAAACAUUCUUCGGUGGUUUGAAAUUGUCAACAGAUCUUUCCGAGAGCUCACUCCCGUUGAAUUUGCUUGUGAAACAAUGGAAAAUGUGGCAAAAGAGUUACAUGAACUAAUUGACCAGUAUCGUGCCGAUCCAAAGCGAAACAUCAAUCCAUUUUCAAUGCGAUUACAAGGAAUAAUAGAUGCCAAUGUUAUGGGUGGAAUAAGUAAAUAUCAAGAUGCAUUUUUCACCGAAGAAUUUCGACAAUCACCUGAAGGCAAGUCACAACAAACAAAUGUACAACGACUAAAACAAUUGAUGCUGAAACAAGUACAAAUUUUGGAAACGGCUCUAGCGUUGCAUGGAAACUUGGCACCUGAAGGCGUUCAACCAUUACAUAAGCGAUUAUUAGAACGUUUCAUUCAUAUGCGACAAAGCAUAAAUGGUAUGGACAAAAUAAAACGUCAUUUCUCAGAGAGUAUUGUAAAUACCCCGCUACCACCGCUUCCAAUUGAAAAGCGUUCAAUGAGCGUCAGCCAACAGCCUGUACAAAACAACAAUGACUUAUCAGAUGAACUAGUUGAUGAUCAUUCAAAUUAUCACAUGAUGAAUUUUGAGAAGGAAGAAAUUUAUACAAAACCAUCUUCGCGAUUCAAUGGAAAUUAUGAAGCGAAACCACCGCCGCUUCAAAGAUGUAUUUCCAACCGCGAUCAAGUCAUUUUAACAAGAAAUGACAGUACGACAGCACCUCCAAUCCCGAUUCGACCUAAGUCUGCUGGUUACGGUAACUAUGAUAGCCCGGAAAUUCCACCAAAGUCUGCUACAAAAGAUAUUUUGGCACCACCAUUGCCACCGCGUGGUCUUACACCCACAGAUAAACGAAUAUCGAAUUCAAUGCUUAAUUAUUGCAGCAUAGAUUAUCAAGAAAAUGACUUACACUCAUCAAGUAUGAAGUCACCAUUUCAGAAAUAUUCAGUGGUGAACAUACCAUUGGAAGAUCACGCUGAAGCUGAUCGCUUCAAAUUAGAGAACAGUUGUUCUCAAAUUGAUUUUCGUGAUUCUGGUAUUUCUACAGCAUCGCACGAUCUAAACUAUGCAUACAUUUGUACUGAUACUACACGAACUAUAGCCACUGCGAGCAAUUCCCUUGAAAAUAACGAUAUUCAAAACGAACAAGUUAGAAAUCCACCCCCAAUACCGCGAAAAUUGACCAACUCCAUAAAUCAUAGCAAUUCCGAUCUUUUUAACGAAGAAAAUUUGGACCAAAAUAUUGGGAAUGGCGAAGAUGAUUACUGUAAGCCAAAAAUGUAAAAUGCAAAUAAUCAAUAAUGAUUUUAUACAAUAUAGGGCAAAUGUUGAAUACACCACUGUUACAUUGAAGUUUUGAAACCAUUUUGAUUUUCAAACUACUCGUAAAAUAAUUUCUACAUCGAAAAGCAUCAAUUGUUACAAUGGUGUAUUCCAACUAUUAGCCUGUAGUAGGAUACGUAUAUAUAUAUAUCUGCAGCACAAAAUGCUCACAUACUGUCUAUUGAUAGUAUGAAACAUUUAAAUUAUAAAUAUUUUAUGUCAAUUUUUUUAAACAAAUACAGAACGAAGUUGCAAUAUCUAUUCUAAUCAUUUGAUAAAUAUUACAAAAAUGUGUGUCAUAAAAUUUGCUCAACUCAGGCAAUAAAGUAACCAACUAUUGUGUGUAAAUCAAUUAUAAUAGUAUUCUAUUUGAUAGUAUUAUCUAUUAUUUACGAACAUUUCAAAUUGUUUUAUUUUGUAACAAUUUUAUUUCAUCUGCAGAUUUUUUUUACUGUCAUUGUAUUUUAUAUCGUUCAGCCAU